UGGAUAAUAGUAAGUUCAGAAGGAUACUGCUAUGGCUAGUGUAUUGGAAAUCAUAAGUAGAAUUGAUCGGCAUUCCCCAAUGGAGACCUGGAAAUAAAUACACUGUAUUGUACAUGAAUUUAGUGCAUUAAACCAAUUAUUGGAAAUCAUGGAACUUCUAUAGGGAAACCAGUUUCUACAUUUCUUAUCGUAGGAAAAAUCAAGAAAUAUAAGAAACUAAGAAAAAAAUUACUGGUUUUAAUAAUGUGUCUAAUGGUAAUGAAUGUGUUGAAACCUGAAAAACAAAUGAUUACUGGUACAUCUGGUUGAAUAUUUAGAUACUGUGUAUUAUUGGAUUUAUUAACUAUAUAAUACAGGUGUGCUGAAGUAUAUGUUUUUUACCACAAGAAGAUUAGAUGAUUAGCUGCCUAUUAAACAGUUUGUGGAAAUAAUUAAUCUGGAUGAAAAUUCAAAGAAAGUAUUAAAUUUACUGAAUUUUCUGAAAAAUUGUGAAUUUGACAUGGAAUAUAACUGAAAAUAAGAUAAUUUGGAGGAAUAUAAAUUUAUAUUUCAACUGGAGCGUAGGGUUUAUUGGAAAGUUCCCCUUUUUCCCCCAAAAGUGACCUUGACCUGAAUGUGAUCACCAUGGUGAUAGGAUGGGGUGUUGAGAGGUCAACAAGUGCUUUGUUUGUGAUACUGUUUAUGUGCUUGGAGAAGUCAUGGUCAGAAACAGUUUGUUGUUGUUGUUCCUAUGUUAUGCUGGGAUGAAUAUAUAGUUAUUUAUACAUGGACCGAUAUGGAGACUGUUUUCACGAAGGAAUCAUGGAGGUAGAACAGGAGAGCUAUAACAUCAUGGCACAAGGUGGCGCCGCCUAUGACACGUUAACAUGUGAAAUGAGGUUUAAAUCAAUGAAGGAUGACAGACUGUGUCUCAGUUUUUCCAGUUUUAUGAUAACAAAAUGUGAUGUCAAAUUAACAGUCUAUUCUGAUAAGGAUUCCACUGGCAGUCCAUUGGGAACAUAUAACUGUCACACAGAAAGCACUCCUGAUAUGGUAUGUAGUGAGGGUAAAUAUUUGACCGUCCUGAUGAAGAAACGAGAGUUAUCACAUGACGGGUAUGAUUUCAAGCUGGUGCUUCGACAAUAUAGUGAUACCGAUGCCUUUGCCGAUGGUAUAGAUGCAUAUAUUGUCAGUAUCAGUGUUAUCAUCGGAAUAAUAGUAGCAGUUAUUGUCAUUGUCAUCUUGACAGCUGUUGUCAUUGUCUGCUGCUGUUGUCAGAAUAGACAGUUUAAUAUGCCAUACCGCCAAAAAUCAAGUGCCUCCUCUAGGACAGCAUACACAGACGUCCCUGUACAGCCCACAGCCCCACCAUUACCUGUAGAGGAACCCCCAGCCUACUCAGAGCAUCCCCCACCCUAUACAUGCUCGGAAAUAUCACCAUCAGCUCCACAACAUUCAACAGAACAAAAAGCAUUUGUAUGAUACUGAUUGACAGCUGUGUUGCCAUGGCAAAUUUCUGUAUCCAGUGAUAACGUUCCACAGAUUCAUUAUUCCUGCUAAAAGUAACAGUCAGAGGUGGAAAAAUAUUAGCAGUUGUCAUGAUCAAAUUUGAAGGUUCCAGAGACCAAUUGAUGCUGAUAUAUUGAAAAGAAUGAUUUACAUUUUCAAUAUUGUGAAUCUGCAACUGAAAUCAAAUUAAGAUACAUUCUAAAAUGUAGCUUUCCUUUUAAGAGGAAAUUAUGUUCAUUAAAAUGUAACAAUAAAAAUUAUAGUAUUAUUUUAGCAUCCAAGAAAUGUGGAUAAUUUUGUACUUUUUUGCAUAGGUUUCCAGUAUCUAUUGCUGUUCUGUUUUGGAGACAUUUCUUUUUUUUAUAUGUUAAAAGAUGAAUUUUGUAUAUCAAAUUAUUUUAGAUAAUUAGUUAUAUUGAUUAAACUGGUUUUGAUAUAUAUAAACAGUUGUGAUGUUUGGUAGACUAGUAAGAAAAGUAUAUUUACUGAGGCUAAGACACAUUUGGGCACCCAAUCUUCCAUUUGGGCCUCAAAAUUUUUUUUUACAAAAUAAACAUAAUUUACAUCAUGGUUAUACAUUAAAAUUUUCAAAAUGCAUACAUGAAAACACAAAAUAUAAUAUAUUACUUUAUAUAAAAAACAAACAACAAAAA